CGAAAGUUAACUGCCACUCGUUAGGAAAUCUAUGUAAACAGAAAUGAUUAGCCAAUAUUAUUCAUUCGUAUACGUAAGACCAAGCGAGUGACACAUUGAUCUAUUCGAUAGUGUUGCAAGACAGGUACCCGAUGUAUAGAGAUUUUAUAAAAAUACAUCAUUCUGAUCAACCUCAAGUGAAAACAUUAGAUAAUUCAAAUUCUAAGAACUUGUUGACAACCCGGAAGUCGUUGAAUUUGUCAAACUUGAAAAUGUCUGCAAAGCAAGACGGGCUGUCCCUUCUCAAGGAAACACUUGCAGACGACGAGGAAUCUAAAAGACAUGUGUUUGUUGUAAUGGGAGCAUCGGGUGAUUUGGCAAAGAAAAAGAUUUAUCCGACUUUAUGGUGGUUAUACAGAGAUGGGCUCCUGCCAGCGCAGACAUAUUUUGUGGGGUAUGCUAGGUCAAAACUUACCAUGGAGGAUGUCAGGAAGAAAUGUACCCCUUGGUUGAAGGUACAAGAUGAUGAAAAAGAAAAAUUUGAGGCAUUCAUGAAAUUAAACUCUUACAUCUCGGGGACAUAUGAUCAGGCUGCAUCGUUUAUGCAACUUAACAAAGAAAUACUGAGACUAGAAGGAGGCAAGGCAGCAAAUCGACUGUUCUAUUUGGCCCUACCACCUUCGGUGUAUAAAUCUGUUACUUUGAAUCUAAAGGCAACAUGCAUGGCAACAAAUGAUGCUUGGACUCGUGUUAUUGUGGAGAAACCAUUUGGGAAAGAUUACGACUCAUCAGAAGAUUUAGCCAAUCACCUGUCUGCAUUAUUCCAGGAAGACCAGCUCUAUAGAAUUGACCAUUAUUUGGGAAAAGAAAUGGUGCAGAAUCUUGUGGUUCUCAGGUUUGGUAACCGUAUCUUUGGUCCAAUAUGGAAUCGCGAUAACAUUGCAGCAGUGACAAUCUCAUUUAAAGAACCAUUUGGCACACAAGGUCGUGGCGGCUAUUUUGACGAAUUUGGCAUCAUCCGUGAUGUCAUGCAGAACCACCUACUUCAAAUUCUCUGCCUUACAGCUAUGGAAAAACCCGCAAGUACACGGGCUGAGGACAUUCGAGAUGAAAAAGUCAAAGUUCUACGAGUUAUAAAACCAGUGAACUUGGAUGAUGUUGUUCUAGGACAAUAUGUAGGGAACCCCCAGGGGGAGGGGGAUGCCAAAGAGGGAUAUUUAGAUGAUCCUACAGUCCCGAAAGAUUCUGUGACUCCAACAUAUGUCCUGGCAGUGUUGUACAUCAGAAAUGAGAGAUGGGAUGGUGUGCCAUUUAUACUCAGAUGUGGGAAAGCCUUAAAUGAGAGGAAGGCUGAGGUAAGGGUGCAGUUCAGAGAUGUCCCAGGUGAUAUUUUUAAUGAGGGAGAAAUCCAGCGCAAUGAGCUUGUUCUCAGAGUGCAACCAGGUGAGGCUGUUUACAUGAAGAUGAUGACAAAGAAGCCAGGAAUGAACAUAAGACCAGAGGAGACAGAACUAGAUCUGACAUACAAUAGCAGAUACACAGAUGUUAAAAUGCCUGAUGCAUAUGAGCGCCUUAUCCUAGAUGUGUUUUGCGGGAGUCAGAUGCAUUUUGUGCGUACAGAUGAAUUACGUGAAGCUUGGAGAAUCUUCACACCACUACUGCACAGAAUUGAACGGGAACAUGUUAAACCUUACAAUUAUGUAUAUGGCAGUCGAGGUCCCGAGGCUGCUGACGAGUUGCAA